AUGCUUGAGAAGGUAUUCCACGAAAAGAGCUUCGCCGAUCAGUACACAUAUGGCGCCAAAAUCAGUGAGCUCUAUGCGGAGACACUAAUAACUGAGUCUGGCAUCGCCAAAUCCCAUCAGAGACCGUUGAUUAUCUUGGACAAUGCCUGUGGGACGGGUUCCAUCUCCAGUACCCUUCAGCGUACCCUGGACGAGAGAAAUAAAAGGAGCUUGAAGUUGACCUGUGGUGAUCUAUCGGAGGGUAUGGUGGACUACACCAAGCAGCGGAUGCAGGCCGAAGGGUGGAACAAUGCGGAAGCAAAGAUCGUGAAUGCGCAGGAUACUGGUCUGCCCAGUGAUCAUUACACCCAUGUGUAUACAGCAUUUGCUUUCAACAUGUUCCCUGACUACAAAGCAGCAUUGAGAGAAUGCCUCAGAAUACUUCAACCAGGCGGGACAUUAGCGACCUCAACCUGGAAGACUGCCAACUGGUGCACUAUCAUGAAGCCUGUCAUUGCAACUAUGCCGGGACAGCUGUCAUAUCCCACAAUGGAUGAAAUCAAUACGAUGCUCAAUAAAGGCUGGGACCGCGAGUCCGACGUACGCGCCGAAUUUGAGCAGGCAGGGUUCGAUCAUGUCAACAUCACCACCGUGGAGAAACAAUGCUUACUCCCGGUGCAAGAGUUUGGCGAGGCGUGCAAGAUUCUCCUGCCCUACAUCCUCAGCAAGUUCUGGACCCAGGAGCAGCGGGACCAGUAUGAGGCCGACGUGCCAAGCUAUCUCAUGCGGUAUCUGGAGAGAGAAUAUGGCAAGGAUGGGCUGGCUCCGAUGAAAGGCGUUGCGAUCAUUGCAAGCGGGCGUAAGCCUUGA